UUAUAAUUUAAUGAGUAGGCCUGAAAAGUAAAGUCAUACUUAAAUAUACAAUACAAAAUCCUUAUGAGGCUUAGUUAACUAUUAAAACUUUCUGAAAUGUCUGUAAUAUUUAAUGCGAGUGUAAAUACUAAAAGCGCUGUUGAGUAUCAGACAAUAUCAUCCACACAAAGUCAUUUAGCGGAGGAGCAGUCGGAGCGCUUGCACAAGUGGAUUUCAAAUGAUCAACUCGAGAAACUUCAUUCGGCGUUUCUUAACACUCCCGAGCGUCAUGUUGGCAUUGAUGAAUUGCGUAUCAUACUUGAAGAACUAGACAUAACGUUCAAUGAUUCAAUGUAUACACGGCUCUUUUUAAAGAUUAAUCAGAAUCGUGAUUUUAAGGUGGAUUGGAAUGAGUUUGUAUCUUAUUUAAUAUUUGGCUUUCAAGAGGAGGAUCCGAGCAGCCAAAAGGAGUCUUUAAUUUUACCAAUCUCCGGACCCCCAAUGGUUAGGAAAUCAGAACACCGUUCAGCUAUAUGUUGUUUGGCCCUCCUCAAAGCCAAAUCGGACCAAAUACCAAUUGAUGAAGUAACCGAGACUAUUAACUUUUCCUUUGGCGGUGAGGAUUCUCCAGAAGCUUCUGGAAUGUGGGUCACGGCCAGCCACGAGGGAAUGAUGCGUUUUUGGACAUCUCAUAUGGAACCAAUUCGAACUGCAUCGUCGGAAAGCAGUAAGUUUAAAUAAAAUAUUUUACGUUAUAAAAAACAUAUCCAUUCCAUUUUGUAAAUAUAUUUUAUAUAUAUUAUAUCUUCGUUGAAACGAUCUAGACGUCUACCAAAAUCUGUCCUUCCCUGUGUGUAUUUUACAUCAAUCUGUCGAAACUUCAGGAAUUGUUAAAGAUAUGAAUCGAUAUUCCCAUAUAAGAUUCCAAAAGAAAUUUUAAUACAAAUUUUUUUCUGUAUCGUAGUAUUACUGUUACGCAGUAUACGUAAAGUGUGAAUACUUUAUUUUAAAUUUUGCUAAUUGGUACCACGGCAACACCUCCAGCUAACCGAUCUUGGUGCCAUGCCGAUAGACAUGAUAUAGGAAAAAACAUAUAAUCGAGUAAAUAUAUAAAUAAAAGAAUAUUAUGAGCAGACAAGGUCAGAACUUGAGAUAAUAUUAUAGUCUAUUCCAGUCAGAACAUACUCUGUGGCGGUAAUGUCACCCAAAGUUGAAUAUAUCUACAAUAAAUGAAUGAUACAGAAAUUUGUAGUAAAUCUCCAUGAAAUUGAUAAAUUUAUCCGACUAAUAAAGACAGGACUUAAAAUUUUAAUAAAACUAAGCUUACAAAUAAAUCCUGUGAAUUCGGGAACUACUAUAGACUAUAGAUAUUAAAUAUAUAACUAUAAAUUAUUUAUCAGGAUUUUUAGACGAGUCGAUCUGGCCAUGCCCGUCUGCCUUUCCGUGUAAGCUAUGUGAUUCCGGGAACUUUAAAACCUUGAAAGUUAAGAUUAAGCAUGUAGAUUCUAAAUACUUUUUUUUAAGAUUUCUUACCAAAUCAUCAUACCUGUUGCUUUCCUGCCGAAUCCAUCCUGAAACGUAAGGCUUGGCCCUUAUACCCGUUGUUUGUAGAGUUACUAUCAGUAGUCGAAUCAAUCUGCCCUUGUCUGGCUGACCUUCUGUCUGUCCAUCAGUCUGUGUGAACGUCUCGAUCUCAAGAACUAUAAAAGCAAGAUGGUUGAGAAUAAGAAUACAGAAUCUAGAUUCAUAGACGCAGCGCAAGAUUGUUGACCCACAUUGGCAUGACCAGAGCCCGUACAAAACUAUAUUUUCAUACUUUUAUCAGUCUUAUAAAUUUCUAUCGAUUUUUCCAAAAAAUUUUUCGAACGCCCACUAUAACGCCCCAAAAGCGAACUAAACUGCCACGCCCUUGCUUUCGAACAUUUUUCUAUUAUAUUAUACAUAUUUUUAUUAUAUUAUAUUAUAUUAUUUUAUUUUAUAUUAUGUCUAUGUUCACAAGUACUAUUAAACAUGUCAUCCAGAUUCAACAUGAAGAUCCAGUAUACCGUAAACCCUUCAAGUAUCCCCAAAGCGUUGACCAAGAAGCCAACAAACAAAUCAAAGAAAUGAUAAAACAAGAGAUCGUUCGCAAAUCAAAAUC